UGUCUCGCCUCCCCACGCAAGUCAUUCUGUAACCAAGAAAUCGCCUGUGGACACUACCGCAUCAAAGUCGAUUAUUCGACACUUCAUUUCCAGUGGAUAUAUUAUUUGCAAAACUUAAUCAUUGAGACAUGAGCUCAAGGUUAUUGAUUUUGAAUACACCACCACUUUUGUGUAAUUGUUAUGUAAUGAGUGUUCCCAGUUCCGGUUUCUUUUGAGAUGUGUCAUUUAGAAACAGAAAGAUAAUUAUCAAAAUUAUCAAGAUCACGUAAUAUUGUAGCCAAAAAAUAAAAGUAUAAAUAAAUAUUUUUAAAAAUGACUUUUUCGUGCCCAACGUCAACGUACAUAACGUACUUCAUGCAAAUAUUCAAAUCUCGGAAAAUCAGUUUUAUUCCUCAGUGGAUUGCCAGUAUAGGAGUGAUGCUACUCUUUAUGCAACUUGGCUUCAUAACAGGAUGUGUCUCACCGAUGCUGGCAAAGUUAACCGGUCCGAAUUCACCAAUCGCUUUAAAUCAAGAAGAAGCAUCAUGGAUGGCAUCCCUAGUUAACAUUGGUCGAUUUUGUGGUGCAAUCGUUGGAUCAUUAGUGACUGUUCAUUUCGGAACAAAAAAUGCUAUAUUGGCCACUUCGAUCCCAAUAGCUUUGGGUUGGCUCGGGAUAGCAAUAGCGGAGAGUGUUGAAAUUUUAUACAUUGCUCGACUGUUAAGUGGAGUAGGGGCUGGAAUGGCCUUCAGUUGUUUUCCUUCUUAUCUUGGAGAAAUUGCUAUGCCCGAGGUUAGAGGUGCACUUGUAUCUUUAGCUACAUGCGGUGGUCCUACUGGUCUAUUAUUAGGGAGUAUAAUUAGUAACUAUUUAAGUAUAGGUGUCUCUGCGUGCGUUUAUCUUACAUUUUGUAUAUGGCUAAUGGCAUUGUUUCUUUACUUACCUGAAUCCCCUCAUCAUCUGAUCAAAAUUGGAAAUCGGAAAAAAGCUGAAAUGUCGAUAAACUGGUACAGAUCUGGUAAAGGCACACAGGAAGAAUUAGAAUCUCUAGAGAAAUUUAUGGCGUCUGAGAAAACUAUAACAUUUAUUAACAGACUACGAGAAUUUAAAAAUUCCGAUGUGAGAAAAAUAACUUAUCAUGUGAUGAUACUCUUUACAUUUAUGCAAAUCUGCGGCUUAAACAGCAUAGUAUUUUAUCUGGAAAUUAUAAUGCGAAGAGCAAAGAACAGUAGAGCCGCUGAGAUCGUUAUAUUUAUCAAUAUUUGUGCGACAAUUGGUGCCUUGUUUUCGAUGCUUCUGAUCGAUAGGUGUGGCCGAAGGUUUCUUCUACUUACUUCUAGUAUUGGCGUUACUAUCUCUAUGUUCAGUAUGAUGAGUUAUUUUUUCAUUAUUGACGUGGAUCUCGAUGUAACGAAUUUACAAUGGUUACCGAUUGCUUCGAUGAUAUCUUUUAUGUUUUUCUUUUUUAUUGGUUUGAAUUCAGUUCCUAGUACUGUAUCUAGUGAAAUUAUUCCCUCGAAUGUUAAGUGUAUCGUUAGUUGCCUGGGCAGUCUAACUGCAGGUAUUAUUGCAUUUUUAUCAAGUAAAUCUUAUCAACCGUUAGUCAAUUUUGUGGGUGAAGCAUACAUGUUUCUAAUUUAUGGGUUAUUCGCAUUGUCGGUAAUACCUUAUGUUCUGUUUGCGAUGCCAGAAACAAAAGGUAAAAGCUUGCGAGAGAUACAAGAUGAACUGACAAAGAAAUGAGACAAAAACUUAAAAAAUACCACAGCAUCAAAUCAAAGUGCAUUGUUAUCAACUUAUUACCUCAUUAAAACAUGUCGUCGAUAAUAUAUUUGUACAUAAAGUUAUUAUAAAGCGUCCAUAGUGAACAUACUGUAAAACUCACUAUUGAUUAUUCAUAAACAAUAUUUAAAUAGAUCAUUGACUGGAGCUUGUGAUACUAUUUUUGCAUUGAUAUCAAGUCUAAUCAA